AUGUUGCGGACGCAGCUGCCUCGGUGCCGGCUGCUACGCCGACCCUGCGUCAACUUGCCAGGCCGCUUUUCUUCUGCCAACCCACCAGAGCAGGAGGAGAAUUGGAGAACAAUCCCCAAUGCCCUCACUGCCCUGCGGCUGUGUGCAGUGCCUGGCAUUGCAGUGGCAUGGUAUGUCCCAGCACCAGGCGUGGCAGCCGGCCUUUUCGGCGCCGCUGCCGUGACGGACUGGCUAGAUGGGUACCUUGCGCGGCGCUGGGGCCAACAAAGCUCUUUGGGAGCGCUGCUGGACCCACUGGCGGAUAAGAUGCUAGUCUCCACAACGCUGGUGCUUUUGGUGGAGCACGUCGCUAGCCCGGCAGUUACUGUGCCAGCUGCGCUGAUUCUUGCUCGUGAGCUGGGUGUCUCUUCUCUGCGAGAGUGGUCACAGAAGUAUCGGCCGGAGGCGAAGGUGUCAGUAGCCUGGCACGGUAAGGCCAAGGCGGCAUUGCAGAUGAUUGCUUUACAAGGAUUGCUGGCUGCCUUGGCGCUAGGUGCGCAUCCAAAAGAUGAGACAGAAGACAAGAAGAGUCAGGCAUCCAUGCUGUAUGCAGGCAGCUUGGCGAUGCUUUGGCUCAGCGCGGGUGUGACCGUGGCCUCUGGGCUGACGUAUGCUAGGGUCUUGCGAGCAUGA